AAGGUUUACAAUUGAAGUGACUGAACAUGAAUUCUUACCCUGUCAAAGUGAAAAGAGGUUGUGACAUGAUGUAUCACGAUCUAUGAGACAUACGCCGAGACAUGAAAAUGCGACUACUACUAAUGGAUCUGCUAAUCGAUCUACUAAGUUUUCUACUCAACCCCCGGUCAUCCUCCACACUACUGUGUAUUGAGAUAAAGUAUCAAUUCAUCUAAUACUACAUUUCAUGUCCAUGUGCUAGUGCCAGAUGCCUGGGGCGAGACAGCGCUUAAGCUGGCCAAGCUGGCGGACCUUCAAUGCACUGUCGAUAUGAUUACAUCGUCACCUUUCAGAAUUUUUGCCGAUGAGUUCCUUUCCACACAAUCCCAAAUAUUUUCCUGCUCCACAGUGACACCAGCUAGCCUUUCUUCCAAUUCCCCAAAAGCCACAGAGAUUUUAAGGUUGAGAAUAUUGUCAUUAGAGACUCCAAGUUUUCUAGUGAAUUCCAGAUGCUGCAUAACAUCAUAUCAGCACGGAAGAAUUGACAAUCCACAGAUUUGACCUAUGGAUUCAUAAGUUUCGACCUUUCUUUCAGUUCAAGAAGUAACAACGAUAGGAUUGAUUGAUUUG